CCGUUUCCACUUCCUUCGUCGACGAGUAUAUAACGACGCCAUCACAUUAAUAGAAGCAGACAGGCGAUAAAAGAUAAGUAGACAUUGUAAAGCAAAUUACCGAUAUGUUACAGGUUCUCUUUAUUAGAUUAGAAAUAAAUCAUCUAAAUUCACUGUCCAUAAAACAGAAAUCCAGAUCUAUACUGUGUAACCGGGUCAUGUUUUAGUUUACGGCGUGCUGCAAUCUUUUAAAUCAUUAACUCAUCUUCACCUGAUCAGUUCCAACUUCUCUUGAUCGGAGGAUUCCCUUGGGUCGGAAAUAGUCCCACGCUGGACCUCACCGGUGAUUUCACGACCGUGAGUGUGCUAAAAUACCGCAAAAAUGGCAGCAGCAGAUGGCGACCGUCUUGAUUUGGCUCCCCCAAGAUGUCAACACGUUCGGACGUGAAAAUCCCGAAAGAUUCACGACGGCGGCGGUCAACAACACUACCAGAAAGACACCAAUCCCACCCACUGUCUCAAAUCCAUCUCCUUUUAUGAGGUCUUUGGAGAGCUCCACCUGGGUCCACUUGACGAAGCCUCUUGUACGACAACAUGGAGAGCCACGUUUGCACUCAUGAUCCCAUGACACGUGUCUCAAUUAGUGCAGUAUUAUCUUAUGUCGUGUUUUUUUACUUUUAAUAUUACUUUUUUGUGACGGCUUUAAAAUGGUGACAAUGUUAGGUUCGAAACAGUGAUGACUAUAUUUUUAAAAGAAUCCAACAAUUCAAAUAUUUAAAUUAGAAAGGUUGGCAACGAAUAGUUGACAACUAUAAGCCUGCAGUGUUUUAUUGUGACGUAGGAUGAUUUAACACUGUUUGACCAUUUUUUGCUCCUCCUAGUCUAUAAAUGAACGCGAUAAUGUGUUGCUAACAUGUGGUUCAUAUCGGUUUCCUAAUUCUCCCGGCUUAUUAAUGCUCAUGUAAUUGCCAACACAAGUAGUCCAGAUCCACUGUGUAACUGGGAAUUAUUUUUCCUCCCAGUGUUCUGCAAUCGUUUCAAUCAGAUCAACCGCAUUUCCAGGACCAGUGCGUCAGUCAGGCUCAAGGAUUCAAAGAUCUGAAAUGGCUUUUACUCCUUUGGACGAUCAGAAUCAUAUUUUGCUGGAGGAUAUUUUGAUCGGGUGGUUUCGAUAGACCUGAGAAAAUUAGGAAAGGUACUCGUGAAAAUGACGAGACAGGUGCUAUCUUCUUGGAUUAAAAACGACGAGAAGGACGCAACGACGACCAAAAACUGUUCCGUUUCAAUCUUGAGGUGCUCUUAUUAUUGUGAAGUAAAUGAAAUGAAUUCAGUUUAUCAUCUUAAACUGAAACCACUAAGACUUGAUGGCUAAUUUACGGUUUGAUUCCGUGGCCAUAUCCUGGCGAUACAUGAUCGGCGGCAACAACUUCCCUCGAUCGGUAGAUUUCAUUUCACGUGGAUCCAACGCUGAACUCGACGAAUUCACGACCGAUGCUGCUCAUGGCGUCGUCUAUCACGGUGUCAGAUUGUCAAAAGAUUUUUGUUCUUAAAGAUUUCAACCAUGACUCGAUUUGAUAAGGAUAUCAAACAGCACUUAUCUCCACAGUCCCAGACACAACUUGUCAAUAACCUUUGUUUGAGUUUGAUUAUCGCCCUACGUGUUACCGAUGCAUCAGGCGUCGUUGGCAACAUCGUCGUUAUCAAUUGGCGUGAGAUUUCGUUAGGAUGGGCCUCUAUGGGGGUUUAUUGCAGUUCUGCAGAAGCAUCGUUGACGGGAGUGGGCGACUGGGCGGAGAAAGUGUACAUGGAAACUGAGGCAGAGAUUUGGCUGUUUUUAGCCAAAGAAAACUAGUCCUUCACGUUGCCAGUUACUCAGCAGUCUGGGUAUUGGUGUAAUACCAUUUAAGGGUAUGUGUAGUCAUUUGAAGGUGACGAUUCAUUAUACUUUUCGCUCGCAGCAGAAAAUUCAAUUAACGUACAACGCCAUACGACAACGCAUUAAGGCGAUAUCGAUCUGCUUGAACCACAAAGUUCCGAUCAGGUUUUCUAAAUGCCAAAAAUUGUGAUCUGGAUGCCCCAUGAUGAGAACCGGGCUGGGCAUGUAGCCAUCGCUACCAACGCGUACUACGUCAGCUUUUGGCCGGCUCGUUGUUUAGAAAAGGAUGGAAAGCACACCAGGACAAUUUUAAAUGGAUUCGAAUUCGCGAUAGAAGUGCACAAGGGAUGUCUCGUCUUCCAUCAAGACCUCGACAAAGAAUACGAAGGCGAUUGUGACCCCGACUACGUGCAUGAAAUCGACGCAGCAAAAGUCUCCAACGAGGACCUUAAUACCGUGAUUGAGGAAUUCCUCCGUUACAACGAAAUCAAUCCGGAAGAUGUGACACUGGCAAAAGGUGAGGAGAAGUAUCGAGAAUACAGCCAACUGUCAGCAUUGCUGACGCCGGAAGAAGCCGAACGAAUAGAAGAUUUACCGGUCAAAUCGCUUGCUAAAACCAAGUACUCGAUCGUGACCGAAUUAGUGAGCAGCAGCAAGACGGACAACCUUGUGCCCUUCUACAAUAGUCAACAAAGUUGUGUGUCUCUUGCCUUCAACCUCGUCCAAAUGGCUUGGCUCAAGUGUCAUCCGGAUCAACCCAUUCCAGUCGUCAAUUACGAAGAAGCCAAAAAUGCAAAAGAAAUUUCCAUGUUAUAUUAUAUAACUGUGGGUACUAACUCAUUUCUCACCGGUAAAAUCCCAAAGGAAUUAGCUUAUAAAGUGCCGUGGUUCGAAAAGGAAGUUGUACGAAGGUAUUUAAUGAUUACUGAUGAGCUCAUUAAUCAGCCAAUAAUAUCCGCUCAGCCCACAUUAGAAAAAGUAAUACGCGAAAUGAAGUCUUUCUAUUUUUCAACUUUCAUCCUGUUGUUGCUCGGUUACUUGAUCCCAGACACGGCUUACCCAAACGCGUUCAUUUUCUGGAAUUUUGUUGGUGAAAUUGAAGUGAAUGAUCCAUCGAUUCUGCAUUAUUUCAUUGUCCCUUUAUUCAUAAUAUUAUUGGCCCAUCACAAUUGGUGUGGUGUUUUCCUUUCAGUUGUAAUCUAUUAUGUGGGUGACUUCUCAUACGACAUUAUUAAAUCUUUUCUUUCAGGUGAAUUCUGGGGUAAACUAAAUCGUUUUUUAGUUGAAGCUAUAUCUGCUAUUAGAGGAGUUGUCGAAGAAUUAAAGAAGCAAGACGAGUUGGGCCGAAAGUCUAAUUAAUUUAUUGAUCGAUUUUAGGAUGCGAGCCCACUAAGUCACGCAUAUACCUUAUGUACAUGUAGUAUGCAAUUUAUUAAAACAUGGACUGUGUAUUGGAUACCGCA